CUCCCAUCAUCCAUAUCACUAUACCAUUGAUCUAUACAGGUAGUCUCGACUUCACACUACAGACACAGCUCAGGCAUAACAGACAGCAAGCAUCAUCUACCUCCCUUACCUCCACUCAUCUGCAGCCAUGGCGACCAAACAGCAGACUUCGACGAAGCCUACGAUGGAGAAUAACAAUGUCGCCGGAGGACGUCUCUCCCUCUUCCAAAAAGACCCUCCUGUCGGCUUCUUCAAAGACGGCUACUGCAGAUCCGGUCCGCAAGACAGCGGCAACCACUCCAUCGCAGCCACGGUCAGCGAAAAGUUCCUCGACUUCACCGCCUCCAAAGGCAACGAUCUCAAGAGCGCAGGCGUCAAGCCCGGUCAGAAAUGGUGCUUAUGUGCUUCGCGCUGGAAGGAAGCUAUGCAAGCCGUCUCGGAUGGGAAGUUGCAGAAAGAGCAUGUUCCGAAAGUGCAUUUACACGCUACACAUGAUGCUGCGUUGAAGGAGGUCGAGUAUAAGGAUUUGAGGCAGUAUGCUGCCCCGAGUGAGGCCGGUGGGAGCAAUCGGCAGGAAGCCCAUCAUAAUCCUGCGAGUGGGGGAACGAGUGUUGCGAAGGAGCAUCAUGAGAUUAGUAGCCAUGACAAGUCGAUGGCGCCAGGUUCUGCUUCGAGUAUGAACAAGACGGGCUCAGUGUCAGACACGAGUGCACCAAGAGGGUAGAUGUGGGAAUAUGUCGUGGGAUAGAAGGGCGGCAAUGUAUCAUAUGUAGCUUCUAGUAAUGCCAUGCCACCAUCAAAAGCUG